AUGCCCCCUAAAACUGCUAUCCUGGACGGUCAGAAGAUGGUCCCAGCCGAUUGCGUCUCUGUCCUCCUCAUGGCCUUGGGAAGCACCACCAUCACCAGGGCGCAGUACGACAUAAUGUCAGCUCUCGAUGGCACACGUACUGCGAGUUCUUUUGAGCAUCAGUUCCGCACAAUCACGGCCAAGGCGAAGGAGCUGAAAGCCCGUGCCGAAAAUGGCGAGACUUUCCAACCCGUGGCACCUGGCAACAAGCGUGGUCAGACUACCCCAGCAACCCCCAAGAAGAGGAAGAAUGCGUCUUCCGGAUCCGACGAUGCGACUCCUUCCAAGAAGAAGGCGACCCCCAAGUCACGUGGCAAGCAGAGUCAGACCCCACUUGAGAACAAUAUGGACGAGACCUUCCCCGAAGACGCUGUGGAGUUCAUCAAGAAUGAGGCCAAGUGGGAGGAGGAUGUAUUUGCUUGA